AUGACAGACCUCAACCUCGUAGAGGUCGACUCCCUCGAGGCGCUCGUCAUCAUCGACAACGAGCUCGACCCCAUCUCCCCCGCAGCCCCGGACACAGUGCAGAUAUCCGGGUUGCUGAACACGAUAGCUGCAAAUUCCCCGGACGACAUCGACGACCGCGGCGACGCGCGCAAAGAGCUGCGCAUGGAGGAUAUAUGCUGCUCGGCGCAUGGGCUCUCCAUCCUCAUCACGGCCACAAAAGGCGACACACGCCAUUCGAUCCUCUUCGACGCGGGCCCGGAGCCCGACGCAUGGGAGCGUAAUGUGUCCCGGCUGCGGCCGGAUCUGGCGGCUGUCGAGAUGGUGCAGCUGUCGCACUGGCAUCGCGACCAUUCAGUGCAGAUGAUCACGGCCGCCAAACGGGCGAAGGGCUGUCCGGAAAAGCUGCCCGUGGACCUGCAUCCCGACCGGCCGGCGUACCGGGGGAUCGCGUUCGGCGAGACGAUCGUGUCACUGCAGGCGGAUCCGACGUUGGAGGAGAUCGUGGAGGCUGGGGGCGCGGUGACGCUGUACGAUGAGCCGCACACGGUGCUGGACGACUUCUUCCUUGUCUCGGGGGAGAUUCCGCGGCGGACGGGGUAUGAGGUUGGGGCCCGGGGCGCGAUGCGGUUUGAUCCUAAGACCGGGGAUUGGGUGUCGGAUGAGCUGAUUAUGGAUGAGAGGUUCUUGAUGUGUAAUUUGAAAGAUCGGGGGAUUGUGGUGUUCUCCGGGUGCAGCCAUGCUGGCGUUGUCAAUUGCGCGCGCCAUGCGGUCGAUAUGCUGAAGGGUGCGGUGCCGCUAUAUGCGGUUGUUGGGGGGUUCCAUCUUGCCAACGGGGAUGCGGCGCUCGUGGAGAGUACGGUGCGCGACUUGAAGAAGCUCGACCCGGCGGUGCUGCUUCCGGGACAUUGUACGGGGUGGAGGGCGAAGUUUGCUCUUGAGAAGAGUAUGCCUGGGUCGUUGGUGCCGUGCACUGUGGGAGUGAGGAUUACGUUCUGA